AUGAUGUUCUGCACCACCACUGUCCUCUUUGCUCUUGCUUCGGUAGCUUUGGCCGUCGAGCCUCAAAUGCUUCGCACCACAAGCGCCCAAACACAAACACAAGAGGAACCCCAAGCUGAUUCUGCACCCGGAAUUCCUCUCCUGAUUGUUGAGCCAAAGGAGUUUGCUCCUGUCCAAGAAGACGAGGAAGACAACAGCUUGGACAUUGGAAAGGGUACCUUUGGAAUGAAGAAGGGUAUGAAGUGCGACGGGGGAUUCGAUGCCAAGAAGGGCAUGAUGAAGCACUGCGAAGGAGGAAUGGAGAAGGAGUUUUCCAUGUCUUGGACCACUUCUGAUGUGAAGGGCGAAUUGUCUCAAGAGCUCAUGAAGCAAUUGCAAGACUUUAUGUCAGAACCUGAAAUGCUCAUUGGCGUCUCCGAUGAGGAAAUGGAAGCCCACUUGCUUUUCGAUGAUGAGGAAGAGGAGGACGACGCCCCACUUACCAAGACAAUGGAGUUUGGUGGAACCAUGAAGGUUGAUUGGGGAUGCAAGGUUACUUACGAAAAGUCUGUUAAGGGCAUAAGCAAGAAGGUGGAAUGUGGUGGCAAGUACGAUGCUGCAAGCGGAAAGAAGAAGGAUGCUGUCGAUGGCUCUUCCGUCUUGGAUUACUUUAACUAG